UGGCCCCAGGUGUUGGCCACGGACUUAUUAGCCAAGACAGGAAGCCUCACGUCCAGAGGCCUUAAAGAGGGAGAUGUGGCAAGGGCGGGAAGUUCAUGCCCAAGGUUUGGCCUGCUGAGUCCACCAAGAGGCCCCUGCAGGAUGAAGGCCCUCUCCGUCCUCCUCCUCCCCGCCCUGGGACUGCUGGUAUGCGGUGAGACGCUGUGUCCCGUGGAUGAAGCCAUCAAUGCGAAGAUCGGGACUGGUAUCACCUCGCUAAUUCUUGGGGUAAUAAGGCAAGUGAACCUGGACUGCAGGAGCAUCAGUAACCGCGGGGACCUGGCCACCUGCCCCAGAGGCUUCGCAGUCACUGGCUGCACGUGUGGCUCCGCCUGCGGUUCGUGGGACGUGCGCGCCGAGACCACCUGCCACUGCCAGUGCGCGGGCAUAGACUGGACCGGAGCGCGCUGCUGCCGCAUGCAGAUCGCCGCCUGAGGUCGCGCGUGCGCGGCGCGGGCCAGAGGGGUGGGGCCAGGCCUCGGGGGCGGGGCCAGGCUUCUGGGGGCGGGGCC